AUCUCAGCGAGUUGCUGUUGAAUUGUUUUCACAAAAUCACGGACAGACGUCGUAAACUCGUAAACACUAAGCAAUAAUUAAUCAAUUAUGAGUUAAAACCUUGAGCACUCACCCGCCGUCGACGCCCAAAUAAUAUCAAUUUACGAAACUCGAAAAUCAUCACAAUGGGUCAUGAGAAAACGGCAAAGCAAGUCGAUGAUGAAUUGGAUGUGAUUUGUGUACAAAUGAUACAAUUAAUGGACGAGUAUUGUUCGAGUAUUGGUCGGCUGGAACACUGUUUACGUGAUGGUUGCGUGCAUCUAGCCAAAAGUAGGUACGUGAUGGGCAACCGUAGCGUAUCUGAUCUUCAGCUACCAACGUCUGGCCCAUACACAGCUCGCUCGACAGUAAUACGCGAGAACACUGAUGCAAUCAAUUUAGUGCAUGAUGACAGCGGAGACGAUCCCAUCAAACGUUUUGGCGUACUCGUUCCGGGUAGUCUACGUAUGGCUCAAGAAAGGUUUUGCAAAUGUUUAGAAUCUACAAUCGAAGCCACAAUCAUAAAAUCGGAAAUGGAAAAAGUUCAGGGAAAUUAUUUAUCAUUAAAGGAUGUGAGAAGUCAAAUGACAAACAAAGUUAAUAAGUGAAAAUAAAAUAAACAUUAAUAAUUACUCAUACAAUAA